AGGGCGCCUGUGCGGGUGUUUUGGCGCUUGGUGAGUGUGCGCGGGGAGCAGGGCGAGGACGGCACGGCGCUGCGGGAGCUGCAGCCGAAGAGAGCGAGCGAGACCCGGCCAUGUGACCCAGGCCUGUGCCACUCCCCCUCUGUGCUCCAGCUCUGGCCUGCUGACCCUGAUGCUGCCUUAUGGAUCCUGGUGGGAGUGAUCUGGAGUCGAGUCUGCCUCAGGCUGAGAACCCGUGCCUCAUCGUUGAAGAUUCCCAGCCAGACAGCGUGGCCCUGGAAGACGACCCGGAUAGCAGCUACCGUGCCCUGCUCGCCCGCCGCCUCUCCAACCUGCAGCCCACCUCCCACAGCCCUGUUCUGGAGCUGAUCUCUUCUCCUUCCAAAAGCAGAUGCUCACAAAGUGACAGCCAGGCUGACAAGAUUGACGUUGAAUCACAAGCUGAUAAUUUCCAGCCUAAUCUGAGUUCAGCAGCUUCAAAGCAUAGUCAGGUGUUUGAAGUGUGCUCUGGUCCCAACUCCAAAAGAAGUCAACAAGAAGACAUGGAGACGGGAGCUGAUUCCACCACUCACUGUGCUCAGACUGAAGAGGGCACGUCUCAGUUUGGCCUUCUGGAGCUGUCGGAGAGUCAGGGUGUGUUUGAUGAAGAGCGAAACAGAGAGAGCUGUGAUGGGGAUGUGGAGGUUACACCUGCCAACCUUUUGCCUGCAGAGGGCCAGAAAACAGCCAGCCAAUCUGGACUGAAGAGCUCUUUUAGAGAAUCGGGCAGUCAGGAAGGCAUGUCGAGAAGGGCAGAGGUGAGCUCCAGCAGCGCGUCUGAGCCUCUGAGGAAAGAGGGCAGGGAGCUGAGUGUUCAGGCCAUUCUGCACUCUCAGGUCCUUGAGUCUGAGGAGGCUGAAGAUGAUGAGGAGAUCAUAUCCUCUCAGGAUGAUCUGUUUGAUGGAGAAAGGAAUGGCUAUAAGGUUGACAGCACAGUGGAAGAGCCUGAGAAUCAGCAGCAGAAGCCAACGUCCACUCCUGCUCACAGCCUCCGCCUGCUGCAUCUGUCUGGAACACUGGUGCAGGAAAGCCUUUCACAGCAGUCUGUUGACUUUGUGGCAGCCACCCAGGACAACUUAAGCCAGACUCCCUUAAUUGUUCCCAACUCGCCUACAGGACCAGACAAUGAGCAAGAUUGUAAUGAGGCUGCAGGAUCACCUAUGGACACUUCAGGCCCCCCUGAGGACCAGGCAGAGAGAAAGGAGGAGGAGCCUAUGGAGAUGGAUCCUGUGCCAAAGCCUGUAGCAUCAACUCCAGUAUCCCAGAAUUCCCCUGGGUUUACGCUGGAGAAGAGCCUCUCUCUGCCAACACAGCCUGAAUUUUCACAUGAUGUAUUUGUUCCUACGCCGUGCUUAGAAUCUGCAGACUGCAGUGAAGCUCUGGACUCUUCAAAAAGAAAAGAACCACAGAAAGAACUCCCGUCUACAUCAGCUGAUGCAGAAACCUUCAAAAAACCUGUCGAGAGCCAUCCUUCUGAAGUGGCGGCAUCAUUCCAGUUGGGGAUUGAUAGUGAAAACAGUGUUUUUGAAAGGAAGACUCAGUCAUUUUUGGGGGAUGAUGACAGCCAGGCCACACAGAUAGAGGAGCCUGAAGAAUCUGCAGGACUGCAGAAAGGAGAGUCUGGCCCUUCACAGUGCAGUGAGAAGGCAGAGAAAAAUGGAGUGGACCUCAGCCUUAAUAAAAGCUCUAAUUCACAACAGAUUUCCCAGGAGUCUGACCUGAAAAGCACACAGGCUUCAUGCAGAAGGAAGGAAGAAAGCUCUGAAAAGCUGCUCUCUCAGUCUGCAAAUGGACAGAACAUGAACACCAGCAACAGCGUGACUGAAGCGCAGCAGUCUCAGGAGGUGCAGUGCAUUUCCAACUCCCCGCAGAUGUCCCAGCAGAUGGGUAAAAGUGUGUCGGGUAAAGAUCCGACUAACAGCGGCUGUUCCCAGAGUGCAGGAACAGCUGGAGAACCUGCUACCUCCACUGCUGUUGGCGCCCCAUCUCAGACUCUGUCCCAAUCUGUCAUAUCUUCUCACAAGGAUGUAAAUGAAGGAGGACAAGGACACUUGAGCCAGCAGAGACUAAGCCAGCCCGUCUCUCAGAGCCACAGGCUUGACAGCACCAAGGAUGCUGAAGAUUUGAAUGAAGAAGAAGAAGAAGAGGAGAAAAUGGAUGAAGGUGGGAUUCAAAGCACCAAUAAGACUGAAGUUGCCUCUGUGUUUGGCCUGGAACUUUCUCAAAGCCAGGCUUGCUCUCCAGAGCCUAUGGAGGAGGAAGGAGAGGUUGACCCCCAGCCGGACCCCCAGCCAGUCUCUAGCAAAGGUGAGGGCAGCUAUAGUAUAACGGUGCUGGAGGAGAGCCAGCGAGUAUCGCAGGAGAUUAAGGAGAAGGCAGUGAGGUUGCAGACAUUAAAAAGUGCCUCGCAGCCAGAGAGCAGCUCCCCGAAUGAGAAAUUUGAGCCUGACAGGAAGAUCAGCAGCUCCCAGCCAGGCAGUUCACGCCAGCCCACGAUAUCUGGCCCACAGAACACUAAGGCCACUCAUGCUGGACUCAGCAAAGGGUCGCAGGGCCUGAAUGUGGACAAUGCGCCCAACAAAAGCCUGAGUGACAGCUCUGGAGAUAUUCCAUUCCACUUCACGCUGCCCAGAGAGGGGGAGCUGAUCGGGGCUGCGGUGAGCGCGACGCCCCCGCACAUCAGACAGCUGAAGAACACCCCGCUCCACAGCACUCCUAUUGAAAUGAGUUCGUUCCGUGAGCCGUCUGAGCACGACAUUACUAGGGAGACACCGAUGGCGGCCAGCGAGAUCUCUGUGGAGGAGAGCAGAGAGGGAGAGGAGCAGGCCGCUGAGGGGGCUGAUGGGAAACUGAGUCUCAGGAUGAAGGUGAUCACCCCUGUGGAGGAUAGCAGCCCUGGGUCUGACCGCUUCAGCCUACAGAAACCACCAUUUUCAGAAGAAGAAGGCUCUGUUUCCAAGGCUACCACUGUUGCCAAGGCUGUAACCAGUUCGUCUGUGUUUAGCCGGGUGCGAGAGGUUCACAGGCAGCUGCAGGCGGAGGAGGAGGAGGAGUCCAGUGAUUCACCUGUCAGGUGUCAGAGCCAGACCGUCCAGAGUCUCCCGAGUACCGCCGACUCUCCUGAGCGCCCCCUGGAGGCAGUACGUAACGGUGCAGCUGAUGAACUCGAUGGGGUCGUUCGCCAGCCGGCACAGCCCAACGGCACAGCUGUGGACCCGGACCCUGUGGCCACUCCUCUAGCUGAUGUUCUGCCCUCAGUGGACCGUGAGCAGGAGGUCCCCAGCACUUCUGCACAGGCCCAGUGUAGGACACCAGUACGACAGAAGGCCGUGUCUCAGCAGACCAGUGUUGACCUGGCCUCGACCCCCAGCCCCUUCAGUAAGCCUCUUUCUCCACUUCAGCAGAGAGCUGUAUCCCAGCAGACCAGCUUUGAUGCUUCUGGACCACAGGAAUCCUCAGGCAGGGGUGAGCCAGUGACCCCGACCCGCUCCCAGCCAGGACCUUCUCACCGCCGGCACAUCCGCACCAUUCAGGAGGUGCGCACCACCAUCACCCGCAUCAUUACUGAUGUGUACUAUGAAGACGGGAAGGAGGUGGACCGCAAAGUGGUUGAGGAGUCUGAGGAGCCGGUAGUGGAUCGCUGCGUGAUGGACAGUGACAUCUCCCCGUCCCGUACAGGAAGCUCCAUGACCUCAGGAGAUCUAGCAGAUGUCAGCUCACUCUCGUCUAAGGCCUUGUCUCACCACAGCUCGAGUGGGACUAGCAGCACAGGAGUGGUUCCCGGCAGGACGCCUGACUUUAUCGUGCCUCCUGUCCGAGGAGCUAAAUCUGGCAGCCCCAGGAGAGGGGGCAAGCAGCAGCCCCGGGCCGGUGUGGCGGUGGGGUCAGAAGUCACGUUUAUACGGGGCUCUCCAGCUGCUGCACCACUAAGCCCCCGCGGCCACGCCCGGCGCGGACGGCCUCCGUCACGCAGCCCCAGAGGCGUGCGGGCAGGGCAGAGGGGUGGCACCCACGGGCAGCCUGGCUCAUCUUCGGAGGAGGAGCCCUUUCCCCGUGUGAACGCUCAGGUCCCGGGCAGCCCGCCAGCUCGCAGCAGCAGUUCCAGCCACUCGGACUCCCUAAACACCUCACUCUCGGAGCACGGUGGGGGGGCCAGCAGCUUCGUGGGACUACGUGUGAUGGCCAAGUGGUCCUCCAACUCCUUUUACUACUCCGGGACCAUCACCCGGGACCUGGGCGAGAACCGCUUCGGGCUGCUGUUCGACGAUAACCAGGAGUGCGAGGUACAGGGGAAGGACAUCCUGCUGUGUGACCCCAUCCCCACGGAAACAGAGGUCACAGCGCUGACGGAGGAGGAGUACUUUAACACAGGUCUGGUGAAGGGUCAUAAGAUGCAGGGCUCUGAGCUGCUGUACUGUGUGGAGAAGGAUGGGCACAGCGUGUGGUACAGCAGGAACGCUGUGAUUCUCACGAUGGAGCAGGGAAAUCGCCUGAGGGAGCAGUUCGCUCUGGGACCGUAUGAACCCUCCACCCCUCAGACCAUGGCCUCUGAUAUCAGCCUGGAUAACCUGGUGGAGGGAAAGCGAAGGCGUCGGGGAAACGGGAACACGGCAGGAACUCCGACCCGCAGCGCCACCGACAGCCCCAGAACCCCAGGCAAGAGGAAGCAGAGCUCCACAGAGGACGAGAAGACCCCCGCCAAAAGAGGACGCAGAGGGGGCGGGGCCAAAGCGGGCUCUCGGCUGGCAGCGUGCAACACAUCUGGGAGCGGAGUAGAGAUGCCUUCUGACCCCAACGAUCUGCUGGUGUCUCAUGGUCCUCUGCCUGAGAGCAGUGACCUCUUCAUGGGGUUUGUUUUCAUGCUGACCACCUCCUCAGAGAAUGACCGGGAGACCAACCAGAUGACCAGUGAUGGCGAGGAAGAGUACGUUCAGACAGCCCCGUAUAAUAAACACUACACCGAGAGGCAGCUGGAGGCCGGCGGAGGGAUGAUCCUGCCUGCGUUUAAUGAAGAGCAGUGCAAAGCAGCCUAUCAGAGCCUGCUGAUAGCCGACCAGCACUGCCGCACCAGGACGUACCUGCUAUGUGUGGCCGGCGGGGUGCCCUGCGUGUCUCAGGUCUGGGUGAGGGAUUGCUGUCAGGAAAAGAAGCUGAUGAAUUACAGGAACUACCUGCUGCCAGCUGGUCUGGGGCCAGAGAAACGAGUCAUCGAAUGGCACUCACGCAGCAGCCCUUUUAAAGCACUGAAGGUGCUGCUGAUCUCAGAGGAUCGUGUAGAUGUGUGGACUGCUCUGCUCACCAUGUGCGGUGCAACGAAGGUCCAUCAGCAUAAAACAAAUGGGAACAGUUCUGAUGUUCCAGCUGAGAAGUUUGACGUGGUGGUGUCUGCUCACCCGUGUCCUCCGGAGGUGCUGAAGUCGGCCAGCACCGCGGAGACCCCGGUGGUGUCUCUGGAGUGGCUCAUCCAGAGUGUGAUCUGCGGGGAGCGCCUGGCGUACGACGGUCAGCCCGAGUACCGUCACGACUCCUCCCCAUAAGCCGUGCCCCUCGGGCACUCCACUCUCUCCGUCUUUUAAACGUCCUCGUCUGUUUUAGUGCAUGCCUGCCUUUUACUGUAUAUAGUUUUAAGCUCUGUUUUUAUGAAGUAAUAAACUGUGUCUCUUUU